AUGAAGGACGGCACGCGGGUGCCGUGGUUUGACGACGCGAUCGCCUCCCGGGCCCUGGCGGACGCCGCCGGCGAGCCCCCUGGCCGCCCUGACGAAAUCCCCCACAACGGCAAUGAUAAAACAGGGGGGAAGGACGUCGAGGUCCAUCCGUUGGUCGUGCACGUUCACGCGGGCGAGCUGCUGUACCUCCCCGCGCUCUGGCUCCACCACGUCGGGCAGCGCGCCGGGCCGGACGACAUCGCCGCCCGCGCCAAACAUCGCGCGCGAUCGGCGGGAAACGAAAAGGCGAAACACCAACAUCGCGAUUCCCCCGAAGCGAAACCGGCGGCGACGCCCCCCGGCGACGCCCUUCCGCCGCUGCCAUUAAUCGCCGCGGUGAAUUAUUGGUUCGAUAUCAGCUAUACCAACCCCGCCGUGGUGAUGCUCCGUGAGUUUGGGCUUCUUCUCUAA